CGCGGGCCCGGGGGCCGGCGCGCCGAGCCAUGCCCCGGGCUGCCGGCGGCGGCCAUGGGGCGGCACGGCGGCGGCGUUGGCGACAGCGGCAAGAUCGUGAUCAACGUGGGCGGCGUGCGGCAUGAGACGUACCGCUCGACGCUGCGCACCCUGCCCGGGACGCGGCUGGCCGGCCUGACGGAGCCCGAGGCGGCGGCGCGCUUCGACUACGACCCGGGCGCCGACGAGUUCUUCUUCGACCGGCACCCCGGCGUGUUCGCCUACGUGCUCAACUACUACCGCACGGGCAAGCUGCACUGCCCGGCCGACGUGUGCGGGCCGCUGUUCGAGGAGGAGCUGGGCUUCUGGGGCAUCGACGAGACCGACGUGGAGGCGUGCUGCUGGAUGACCUACCGGCAGCACCGCGACGCCGAGGAGGCGCUCGACUCCUUCGAGGCCCCCGACGCCUCGGCGCAGGCCCAGGCGGCGGCGGGGGGCGCGGCGGGCGCCCACGACGCGGGGCUGGACGACGAGGCGGGCGCGGGCGGCGGCGGGCUGGACGGCGCGGGCGGCGAGCUCAAGCGCCUCUGCUUCCAGGACGCGGGCGGCGGCGGCGGCGGAGCCGGGGGGCCCGGCGGGGGCGCGGGCGGCGCGGGCGGCACGUGGUGGCGGCGCUGGCAGCCGCGCGUCUGGGCGCUCUUCGAGGACCCCUACUCGUCGCGGGCCGCCAGGUAUGUGGCCUUCGCCUCGCUCUUCUUCAUCCUCAUCUCCAUCACCACCUUCUGCCUGGAGACCCACGAGGGCUUCAUCCACAUCAGUAACAAGACGGUGACGCAGGCCUCCCCCAUCCCGGGGGCGCCCCCCGAGAACAUCACCAACGUGGAGGUGGAGACGGAGCCCUUCCUGACCUACGUGGAGGGCGUGUGCGUGGUGUGGUUCACCUUCGAGUUCCUCAUGCGCAUCACCUUCUGCCCGGACAAGGCCGAGUUCCUCAAGAGCAGCCUCAACAUCAUCGACUGCGUGGCCAUCCUGCCCUUCUACCUGGAGGUGGGCCUGUCGGGCCUGAGCUCCAAGGCGGCCAAGGACGUGCUGGGCUUCCUGCGGGUCGUGCGCUUCGUCCGCAUCCUGCGCAUCUUCAAGCUCACCCGCCACUUCGUGGGGCUGCGGGUGCUGGGCCACACGCUUCGGGCCAGCACCAACGAGUUCCUGCUCCUCAUCAUCUUCCUGGCCCUGGGGGUGCUCAUCUUCGCCACCAUGAUCUACUACGCCGAGCGCAUCGGGGCCGACCCCGACGAUAUUCUGGGUUCUAAUCACACCUACUUCAAGAACAUCCCCAUCGGCUUCUGGUGGGCCGUGGUGACUAUGACCACCCUAGGCUACGGCGAUAUGUACCCCAAGACCUGGUCGGGGAUGCUGGUCGGGGCGCUGUGCGCCCUGGCUGGGGUGCUGACCAUCGCCAUGCCCGUGCCGGUCAUCGUGAACAACUUCGGCAUGUACUAUUCGCUGGCCAUGGCCAAGCAGAAGCUGCCCAAGAAGAAGAACAAACACAUCCCCAGGCCCCCCCAGCCCGGCUCGCCCAACUACUGCAAGCCCGACCCGCCACCCCCGCCACCCCCGCCGCCUCCCCACCCGCAUCACCAACACCACCACGGAGGAGGAGGCAUCAGCCCGCCCCCACCCAUCACGCCGCCCUCCAUGGGGGUGACCGUGGCCGGGGGCUACCCGCCCGGGCCUCAUGCGCACCCCCCCGGGCUGCUCAGGGGGGGCGCGGGCGGGCUGGGGAUCAUGGGGCUGCCCCCACUCCCCGCGCCCGGGGAGCCCUGCCCUUUGGCUCAGGAAGAAGUGAUUGAGAUCAACCAGGCAGAUCCCCGACCCAACGGGGACCCGGCCUCUGCCGCGCUGGCCCACGAGGACUGUCCGGCCAUCGACCAGCCAGCUGUGUCCCCCGAAGACAAGAGCCCCAUCACCCCCGGGAGCCGCAGCCGCUAUAGCCGGGACCGUGCCUGCUUCCUCCUGACCGACUACGGCCCGUCCCCAGACGGAUCCAUCCGGAAAGUCACCGGUGCUCCCCCACUGCCCCCCCAGACUGGCGUAAGCCAGGCCCCCCCAGCUUCUUGCCCGACCUCAACGCCAACGCUGCGGCCUGGAUUUCCCCCUAAAGGACGAACCCCUCCCCCAGGGCUCUUGUCACCGCCUGAGACCGCGCGAGACCCUCGGUCCCCCCCUGCCCCUUCCCCCCAGGUUACGAAAAAUCUCGCAGUCUGAGCAGUAUCGCAGGCCUGAGCGGGGUGUCCCUGCGCCUGGCGCCCCUAACCACUCCCCCUGGCUCUCCCAGGGCCACCCGCCGUGCUCCCCCCACCCUGCCCUCCAUCCUCUAGCGCUCCCCGAAACCCCCCCUUGUAGGGGGCCUGGGGGGUGAUGGGGAGGAAGGCCCAAGGAGCUGGGGGUGGGAGGUGGGAAAGGAAAGGAUGACGGUUUUUUUUUAAUAUAGAAGAAAAAAGGUGAAUAAUAUGCAACCGAGAGAUGCCAGCAGACACCCCAGUUCAGCCCCCGGCCCUCCCCCACACCGGGGGCACCCCAAGAUGGAGGGGGAGGAGCCAGGCCCCCUAGCCCACCCACCCCCAAAUGAAGCUUCUCAGGUCUCCGCGAGCCAUAGGACACCCGGUCCCGGCACCUCACCUCGUGUAAAUAAGUCAGAAUCACGCCCACCAACAUCUUGGGGUACCACCCCCAGGCUCUGCAUGUCCCCCCCCAGCCCGGGCACCCUUCAGCACACCUCAGCAAUAAGCCGCCGGUGGGGGCUGCAUGCUGCGCGCCUUCCUUCCGGGGACUGGCACUGGGCAGGGCACGGGGACCUGAGGGGGCCCCUUGGCUGGCCUUUCAGCUGGGGGGGGCUCCUCUGGCCUCCUCUCUUCACUCCCCAGGGCAGCCCAGCCAGCAACGAUGACAGAAAAACAAUAACAUUUAGCAGCACUGGGGGAACAAGUAGCCCCAGAACAGCAGAGUCGAGGGGGGCCAGAUCUAGGGGCUCCCCGCACGCGCCCUCUUGCUGCCCUCUGCAUGGACUCAGAGCCCCCCCAGCCUCCGGGGUGAUGGGCUCCUGCACACUAAGUCUCUCCCUAUUGCCAUGAGACCUGCACCCAGAAUCCCGAGAAGACUGAUCCUGGCACCCUGCUCCCCCCACCUCCCCACACCCCUGCACCCCGGGAUGUCCCCCCUUCACAGCCCUCUCAAAUAUCUCCAAGACCGCACCCCUUCUCCCUUCAGCCUCUGGGAUGCGCCAACCCCCCCCCCACGACUCAGACACCCCCCAGCUCCUCAAGCCAGCCUCACACCCCAAAUCUCAGACGUCACCUCAGGUCUCUCUGCACCUCGCUAGAAUUUCAAAUUUCCCCCACCCCAGAUGGGCUUGGCCUGUCUGCAAUUCCAGGGAACCAGCCCUUCCCAGGGCCUCCCCAAAACCUCCUUCCCUUAAGGGGUGCUCCCAGAAGCAUGCUUGAGCCUAGAGAUGGCUGCUUAGGACCCUUGGAGGCCUAGCUUGGGACUUUUGGUGUUCCACACCAGUUCAAAGGUUGACACUCCUCAGCGCUUCAUGGUGCAUACCCAACCCAAAGGGAAGGGGGGCACUCUAUGGGGGUGAGGGGGGCUGGGAGACCCUCCCACCUCCACUGGGCACCCCGAGGUUGCAAAAUCACUUCUCACCCCUGCAUCCGGGCUCACCAAAUAACUCGCUACCUCCCCCACGCCCGGAGACUCCACUCCGAGUCCCCAUGUUCUCAGAGGAUCUCCCCCUUUUGGAGUGGGGGGGUCCCCAGAAAUAGCCUCCUCCCUCCCUCUGCUCCCAACACCUCAGGACCUUCCCCUCCUCCCCACGAGACACCCCGAGGGUCAGGGACAAGGGGGGCUGUUACUGAGCAUGAUUCUGGAUGCAACGAUUCCUAUGCAAGGGCCAUUUCAAGGCUCCCCAUCUCCCCUCGGACCCAACCCCCUGCGAAUCUAGGGGUGUGGGCUCUGAGAGGGAGCAGGGGCAAAGGGCUAAGGGGGCUGCAGACAUCAGGGUAUAGGGGUGUGGGGAGAAUUCUAUUGCCAAAGGGUUCAACUUCUUUCCAAAACACAAGAAUUCAAAGCCACGCCCGACCCUCGGGAGACCCUUGGGGAUGGGGAUGGGGUGGGUGGGUGGGUUGGAGGGUCUUUUUUCCCCCCAAAGUCUCCAAACACCUCGGAUCCCUCACUAUCGACUCCCCAAUGCUCCUGCGUCCUGCGCAGGCCCAACCACAGCGAAUCCCACUUCUGUUGGGUGUUUUCUUUGGGGGGCAGUUUUAAGUUCUGCUUCUUUCCACCACUUCACCACAGUCAUUAGGAAGGAGAAGGGGGUGAAUCCAUGGCUCUUGUGGCCCAGCACCCCAACAUUCAACCAGCGGCGUGGGGAUGGGGUUUGGGAGCGCAGGGCCUGCCUGCCCCCUGCACGCACCUGCUUGUGCUCAAUGCAUGAUGCGCCCCAACGCUGCGCUCCUGCACGGGGCGACUGGGGUGGGGGCAAGGAAUUGGGGGGGGUCUUCCUGAGCUCAGCGGCUUCCCCCUAAAACACACACACAGAAACACACACUCAGCAAUAAGUUUCUCCCACUCCCAACAUGGGCAGGACUGGCCUGGCCAGUUGGCGCAUGGAGAGGGGGGCACGACGUGGGGAGGCAGCGGCAAAGUGGGGGGUCGCUCUCAGGGAUGUGGGGCGGGUGGGGGUCCGGAGUCGGUGUGGGGGAGGGAGGUCUGCAAAAAUUUAAAAAAAUCAAAUCAGUCGCUCAAUAAAACGUCCCACUCUGGUGCUAUCGCGCGCGGGUCUUCCUAGCUCAACCCCAGGGCAAGGAAGGAGGGUCGCUGCGGCCCCCCCAGGCCUCCCCCAAAAGCCCACGCCGGGUGCAUGAACCGCCCAACGCCGAAGCUGCCGCAUGUCACCCCCCACCUGUCCCCAAAGGAAAAAGUGUCAUGCCCCCCUCCCCACCCACCCCAAUAAAAAUUUCCUUUUCAUUUAAAAA